UGCAUUUUGCCGCAAGGAGCUAUAAACUUAGUUGCUAUAUUUAUUUACACUAUUAUAAAAAUCUUUAAAGACUACUUUUUAGAUACAGCGCCCUUUAUUAAUAAUAUAAAAGUAGCUAGCCUAAAGUUAAAGUACAACAAUAAAAAAGUAUUAAAUAAAAUUUAUUAA